UCAACUUCUUCUGACACCUUCAACAGUACCAUGUCCUCACUGACAUCACCACAACUUUAAGUUUACUAAACCGGUUCCAUGUGACGAAUCUCAACAAACAAACAAAUAAACAAGUUUACUAAACAUUCAACUUUUAAGAUUUCUUGCGUAGUUUCUAACACAAUAGCACAAUGUUGGAGGAACAACUGCUCGUGUUGCAAAUUUUGAAGGAGAAGUACCCGUUGGAGGAGGGUGACCUGGAGGGCGCAAGUGCCAGGAUCAAGGAACUGGAGGCUCGAGUCGCGGAGUUGGAGGCGGAAUUGGAAAUGACCAAGGCUAAGGUCCAGAAGGCGGAACUAGACCAGAAGUCGUUUUAUCUGGUGGAAGCAGUCAAAAAAGCGGAACCCCAGAAGAUGAGCAAGGUUGACAGCGACGCAGAGACCACAGCCUCCGAAGAUGAAGCUGAGAAACAGGAGGCGAAAAAAACCGCGACCACAGAACCCGUCGAAAUCGUUGAGCCGCUGCCGUCGAAUUUGACGAAGGGCGAGGGGAAAGGUAAAGGCAAGGGAAAAAAAGGUUGUUCAGGCCCAGCACCGCCCGCGCCACCGGCUCUCGAGUGCGUUUCCACGGAGAAGUGUAAAGAACAAGUUGACCACGGCAAGGGUUGCGCUCCCAUUAUUCCAGUGAAGGGCAAGGGUAAGGGACCCAGCAUCGGCAUCAAGGGGGGAGCUGCGCCGCCUGCCAAGGGAGGGAGCAAGGGCAAAGGAAAAGGAAAAGGUUUUGCCCGGCCCCCCGGAGCGCCGGACGUUGCUGCAGAACUGUGCCCGGAAGAUAUGGAAAGUCCGGCGUUGCACUGGUCCAUGCUUUCGGUAGAGGUUUACAAGAAAUCCCUUUUCUUGAAGGCAGAAGCGCACUUGACGACCACGAGCAGGUUUAACGAUCGCAGCGGCCUCAUCCAGAAGUUCUUCCGGCCAAAGAAGACAAGCGAACAAGCUGCAAUCGUCCCGCGCAAGAGACCGGUACAGGAGGAAGUGCCGAAGCUCCUGGAGGACAGGGAGAAAGUGCGCUGCGUCGAGAUCCUGUUGCAAUCUCAGUCCGCUGAAGCCAGAGUGUCUGCCGCGAGCCUGGAUAAGCUCAUGACCUCCAGCACUACCCCGAGACCCGAAGACUUGGACCUCCUCCACCGGGUGUCGAUGUUUGCCCCGACGGUCGACGAGCAGAGGCAAUUGGACAAGUACGACUUGCUACCAGAAGAGAUGCAGGGCAAGGUCGGGCGAGCUGAGAGAUUCCUCGUGAGCCUUGGCAAGGUGGAAAAAUUUGCGCAGCGAGCCAAGGCCACAGUUUUGCUCGUGGAGGUGCCGGACACGGCGGAGCGCCUUCGUCAGCGUCUGUUAGCGGCGGAAAGAGCCGCUCACUGUCUGCUCAGUUCUGAUGCCCUCGUAGCCGGCUUUACCUUGCUGGUGAAGCUGGGCAAUCUAGUGAACGCCGGGACGAGCAAGGGGCGGUGCUUUGGGUUUAACCUCGAAUCUCUGCAAAUGCUGUGCAACAGGGCGUCGGUGACGGACAAGAAGUACUCGCUCCUCAAUGCUUGGUGUGAAGAGCUCUCCGCCGAAAACGACACGACGCUGUCGGAUAUCGAGGAGGUCCUGGCCGGCUGCAAAUGCCUCGGGAAGGUGGUCAAGAAUCUACCGGAGUUCGAGAAGGAAGUAUUGCAACUGAAGGAGGAUGCUGAUUUCUUGCGCAAAUCAGAACUCGUCACGGUCCCGAACGAACAGAGCGAUGCAGUUGCAGCGGUUGCUGGGAAGUUGCGGGAACUGCAAAACACGGUCCUCACACUGCCGACCUACUUCGCGGCAACGCAGAAGCUAACUGACGUUGGCGAACUGUUGUCGUUCCUAGACGAGUUCGGAAUGCUGAUCGGAAAAGCGAGGCUCGAGAAUAUGACUAAGAGAAAUGCAGAAGAAAAAGCACGGAAGCGCGCGUCACUUAUGAAGAAGAAAAACGACGCAAGCAAGGUAGCGUUUCAAGGUCAAAGCGAGCCCUUUUAAAAAAAUCCUCUCGAGCGAGUGUCACUCUCAGAGAGUGUACUAUCUACAUUACCUCACUUUUAUCUCUCUUGGAAUUUUUGCAGGAAAUAAACUCACAGGUCUACAUCUUUCUACUACAAGCUAAAUAAACAGUUUUGAAAAGGAGUUUCAAGCAGUCUUCAUUCUUCAAUUUUGAUUUUCGUUUUUACAAGACUAUGCACAGGCUUUCCAUCUGCUGUCUGCAGUGCACGAAGUAAGUAGCAAACCGCUCUUCUCAUGAUAUUGGUUGCGUUUUCCUUUUCUAUGGACAUCUAAAACCCGGUCUUCCAUUACCAACCCGCUGAGGGUCGAGUCAUCCAUGUUGGCCUAUAAUUCAUUGUCGUAUUUUACAAUUCCAUUUGAAAACGUUGUACUUGUACUGUUUACCGAGAACGAAGCACAUGUCUUUCAUGAUGAACGCGAAACUGCCUCAUCUUUGUCAGCGCGCUUACGACGGGAC